AUGCAGUUGCUUAUUGUUGGUCCAGCUUGGUAUCUUUCAGCGCAUUAUACGCGGUACAGGUAUCAAUACCUUCCUAAAAAUUUUAAGUCCGAUCGGAGUACUAAGAAUUGCAAAGGAAUCAUUGGAAUUAAUGGUUUCAGAUACAAGCUUCGCCAGAAUACCCACAAGAGUAACGAGGGCUUGCUCACAUCAAGGCCUGGACGUACAUUCCACAGAAAGGUCAACGAUACGACGUACCCGAAGAUCGAGUCCGUCGACGUCACCCGACUGACCACAUUCUUCGACGUAUUCAAUUCGACCGUCAGCAACGGUUUACUGAUCCAAAGCGACGAAGAGGCCAAAACAAACCUGAUCAAGAUCACGCAAACCCGUCUGAACCACGAAAGCUUCAAGUACACCAUCCAGGUUACUAGCAAGAAACCAACCAAGGCAGUCGUCAAAGUUUUCCUCGGACCGAAAACCGACGCGUACCACAAUCUCAUCAAGCUUCCACAAGAUUUCGAUUACUUCUAUGAAAUCGAUGACUGGCUAGUCUCUCUGCAAGAAGGAACCAACACCAUCGUGCGCAGCAGCAACGACAGCUUCUUCUACUACCCCGACUUCGAGCCAAGCGAGGUGUACUACGCCAGAGUACAGGAGGCCAUUCGCAGAGAUACUCCCUUAUACCUUGAGAAGAGAAUCGCUGGUUUCCCGCAAAGAUUGCUGUUGCCGAAGGGUGACGUUGCUGGAAAAUUGUACCAAUUGUUCGUGUACAUCAGCCCAGUCGAGGACGACGCCGAAGUCAACUACCAUUCCAGAGUGUUCGGUAACACCCUGUUCGACAAGAACUCGUUAGGUUUCCCUCUGGACAGGCUCGUCACCGAAUCGAAAUUCAGACAACAGAACUGGAUUCUGCAGGACGUGACCAUCUAUCACCAUCCCGAAACCAUCAACGAAGUCAAUCCUUACUGCACAACUACCCCUCACGUGUUCGGCACCACGAGAGUUGUUUGUUAAAUAUUUUAUAUGUUUCUAGGGGGGUCUUCUUAGUUCGACUAUUUACGAUGCAAUUAUUUCCUUAUAUUCUACGAGAGUUGAACGAUACUUUUAAAUAUUAUUAGAAUAAACGACGUAAAUUUACACGAUCUGGAGUUCAACAGCUUCAUUUUCUUGUUAAUAAAACAAAAUUUUGAUUGACAAGUA